UAUAAAAAUGUCAUUGUUUGACACAUGAGUAGUAGUAGAUAUACUUCUAAUAUUGUUUUGCAUUCCUUCCACUUGCAUUAUUUUGCUCCUCCAUUGUUGUGUCACAUGUUACAUGGACAUUGAUCAUGGGCAGCACUGCCAUUUCUUGGGAACAAAAAAAGAGUAGAAGUAACAACAUUAUUAUUACUGUUGUUCCAUGCUUGUAGCAAUCUCUGCAUACAAAUGAAAUGAAUGGCCAUCAUGGGCAGAGGUGGUCUAAGGAGUAAUGGAACUCCCCUUCUUGCGACAGCCACCUUCAAAAUAACCAUAUAAUAAUACUCCAAACAAGCACAAAACGUGAGACAUUGGUACUCAUUAGAGAUCAUUUGAUCCUCUUAUCUAGUGAAAUUAUAUAUGUUCUUCACCCCUUCACAAGAUUCUUCGGAAAUGAAGACAAAUUCGAUGAUAUGUGGUGCUUCUGGGCUUUCUUACUCCAGACUCUGUUUUUGUUUCGGCCCAUUGGAAAUAGAAUGUGGGCCUAACCUCCCAUGGGUGCUAUUCAGAAAGUAGAUGCAGUAGUCACUUUAAACGAUUCUUCUUGGAAAGGGCAUACCAAUGUCGUCGUCGGUGAGGAUGUAAUGAUGUGAAGCGGUCAGCUGAUCAUGUAUACAGAAAUCGUAACUGCUCGAUUAUAAUAUAACUACAAAUUGCAUGACAUGAUUGUAGUGAUAGAUCCAACUUAACGAUGUGAUCAAAUCGAGCCAAUUUCAAAUGUAUAAAAAAAAUAUAUGGAUUUGAUCGAAUGAACAAUUUUGUCCGUUGCUUGGUAGUUGGUGCACAUCAUCACUACAGAUCUUGAAUCAACUACACUAGCCAACCCAAAUCCAUUUCCACGUCCUGCCGAAUUUGAAUUGUGGGUGAGUAUAUGGUUAGAACGACUAAGCUAUAGAGUCCCCCAACCUAAACUUGUACUUGAAAAUCUAAAAGCUUAGACUAGAGCUUAUUAAGUCCCACCAACCCUACAUUUUUAAAUGACCAAACUCUAAUAGUAGGUUUUGGUAUGCUCACAUUUUAAGUCAUUUGUGGUCUGUAGACUGUAGGUUGAUCAUUGCACCGAUUGCAUACAACGUUAAAUGCAAUCUGUUCUUAUUGCAAUGGUCGCUGCAUCUAUAGUAUACAAUGAUAUAUAUAAUCCGUUCUUAUCGUAUGUGUCAAUCAACUAGCAAAACAAAUUAUUCAAUUCUUGUCAAUAAAACGUGAUGCAUAUGAUUGUAGGAUUUUAAUGGCCUUCUUGCAUUAUUAGCGAGUAAAUUUCAUUUCAUGUUAACAAAACUCCAAAGUUAUACUCAACGGACCAAACCCCCUCUCAAAGUUCAACCAAAGGUGAAAGUGAAACCAUUUCUUUUCAAUUGUAGUCGGCACUGGGCAACGCAUAAAAGCCUGACAAAGCAAAAGAAUACAAUAAACGCAAGUCAUGUGCCCAAACCCAGACCCGGCGAGUAAAAUAUCCGAAAUGAUCGUUGAAGUUUAGAUCCAAAACAAACUGGUCAUUGAGCUUUGAAUUUUAACCAGUUUGGAAUAACUAAUAUAAUAGUUUACUUGGUGCAAAUUUAUUCACAUCAAUUGUCACACGUCGUCAUUAUUAGGCUAUGCAAGUCGAGUUACAAGCAUUAUGAUCCAACUUCACCCGCCUCAUCAUGUCGUGGCGGGAUUUAUUAAAUUUGGUGGGCUGGUACGAACUUGGUGUUUUGGAUUUAAAUGACAUUGAAUGGUUUAGUUGAUAAACACAAAGUUUGUUCAAUAGUCGAGGGUUUUACUCAACGCCUUGAUUCACCUUUCAUGGUACGUUUAGCUCGAUUCUUAAGCCUGUUAAUGGAAGGGGAUGAAAAAUGAACCGUCCAAAUAUAUAUAAUAUAAGGGUAGGACACAGUUAUAUGAUAAUUUCACAAUAAGUGGUUGGAAUAAAGUUUGAUCACGAUUAUUAUUGGGCUCGGAUGUGAAGUAAAAAGAAUAUCAUUCACAAAAUUAUACUCCACAUGGUCGAUAUUAUAAAUUUCCUUUUUGUUUGAACGAAAAAAUUAUGUGGAGAAGUCAAAGUAAAAAAUGCGAUAGAAGGAGGGUUUGAACCUCCGACCUUGUGGUUUACAGCCACACACUCUAACCAACUGAGCUAUUCCAGCUUUUUCUUUUUCUUUUUUGCUAUUGAUAAUUUCAUUAAUUAGCUGACAAGUGACAAGGUACUGUUAUUUUGUUAUUCCAAACUUUAUUGACAAUGUUGUUAAACAUUCUACUUCGAUGGCUAAUCUACAGAAGACCAAAAUGUUCAGUGAUCAUUCUUGUAAUUCAUCCCGCUCCUUUUUAUUUACCGUGUGAUCUCCCUCUCUCCGUCAGUACGCUCCCCACACGAGAAACAACACAUACUUCGGAAAAAUUCAUUUCAGAGCCUCUUCCACUCCCCAUCCGUUCAUCUCCCAAACCCUAACAAAUUCUCCCUCUCUCUAGAUCUCCCGCUGCCGAGAUCUCAACUCCGGCGAGAUUUCCCGAUCAAUGUGACACCGCCCUCAUUAGUACUCAUUCAAAUCUCCACCCGGAUCUCAUUUUUGUUCUCUCUUGCAUGAGCAUUUGGUAAUUAAAAAAUGGCUUCAGCUUGCGUCAACAACAUCAGCGUUUCGCCGGAGAGCUUCCCGCCGCCGGGGACGUACUCCUCUUACGGCUGGCUGAGUCCUCGCAUCUCAUUCAGCCGCGAGGAUGAUUCCUCGUCCAAACACCACCACCACAAACAGCCGCCGCCGCUCUCCAAGCCAGCUCCGGCUAUUUCUCCUCCUCCUCCGCCUCCGAUGGCUGCGAUUCCGCAACCGGAGCAGCAGCAGCAGCAGCAAGAUCUCCUACCGGACUUCGAGUUCCGCCUCGACGACCCCGUCGCCAUGCUCCCCGCCGACGAGCUCUUCUCCGACGGGAAGCUGGUGCCGAUGCAGGUCACGAGCUCGAAGCCUUGGUCGUCGACGGCAACUUCGGCGGAGUUUUUGGCCGGAAUCGCGACAACAGUGGAGGCGAAAUCUGGCCGGAGGAUGGAGAUGGAGCUACCUGGCGGGAUCAACAGUACAACUGACCAGUACUUGUUCUCGCCGAAGGCGCCUCGAUGUUCGAGCCGGUGGAAAGAGAUUCUGGGGCUGAGGAAGUUUUACCAGAACAACAGCUCCAAGGCGGCGUCGUUUCCUUCCUCGUCGUCUUCUUUAUCCUCUUCCUCGUCGUCUUCUUCCAACAAUAACCAGAAAUCAUUGAGGCAUUUCCUCCAUAGAAGCUCGAAAUCCUGCAACAGCUGCGGCAAUUCCUCUUCCAAUUCCUCGCUCGAUGGUACCCUGAGUCUUCCAUUGCUGAAAUCAGACCUGGACUGUGACUCGUCGGUUUCCCUCUCUUCAUCCCGCUUAUCGCUCUCAUCCUCGUCAUCCAGCCACGAGCACGAAGAUCUCCCCAGACUCUCCCUCGAUUCGGAGAAGCCCAAUGCCGCUUCCAAUUUGAGCCUGACAUUCAACCCUUUGCAGAGUCCGAAUCCGUUCGUCCUCAACCGCAAUCAGAACCCGCCGAGGAUGAGACUGGUGAAGCCGCGAGCCUCAGAAAUUGGAGGAGAAACCAGAGUCGGGAGAAGCCCAAUGCGGAGAACUACUACCGCCGGAGCAGGAGGAGAAUCAGGCGGCGAGAGUAGGGGAGUCUCAAUAGACAGCCCGCGGCUGAAUUCGUCGGGUAAAAUCGUGUUUCAGAGCUUGGAGAGGAGUUCCAGUAGUCCAAGUAGCUUCAAUGGCGGUCCAAGGCACAAGCACAGAGGAAUGGAGAGGUCCUAUUCAGCUAACGUCAGGGUAACCCCCGUUCUCAACGUCCCCGUUUGCUCCCUCAUGGGAUCGUCCAAGUCCGGGUCAGUGUUUGGUUUCUUCUCUUCCUCCUCGCCCCAGAAGAGAGACGGCGGCGGGGUCAGCUACAACAGCAAAGGACAGCCCAGUUUUAGCAGAGGGAAUCGAGCAAUGGUGGAUCACAAGCUUAUUCACAAGCGAGAUGGGGUAACACCGCAGUAACCAUUUUCCAGCUGCUUCUUAACCAAAACCCCUUUCAUUUUUGCAGAUUUCUCUGUUCUGGGUUAUGUUAUUUGGUAAAUAUUCGUCUAUCAUUGUGUAAAUAUUCGGUGUCUCCUUUGUCCAUUUCCACUCGUCUCGAUUGCUCUACUGUAGUUUCAUGUUCUUCUCCUCUACUCCUUUGUGGUUGCAUUGAGCUAUUAGCUAACACUAAUGUUAAGAGAAACAAAAAAAGAGAUACCUCCCUAUAACGGAUUUCUCUGUAGGACUACUCUCCAUUCUACUCUACUCUUCAUCUUCAUCUGUUCAUCCUGUUUGAUUGAAACAUGUGGAAUCUCUGUUUUUCCCUGUUCAUGGUCUGCCUUCGGUGAGAGAACGCAGAAACCUGAAACCCCCAUUUUUUCAUUGUUCAUUUCUUUACUCGCUCUGAAUCUCUCGCUCUGUCUUCUUUUGAGAUUUGUUGGGUAGUGGGGAGGGAGGGAGAGGGUUUUUGGGAAAUGAUGCCAAAGAUUGGCGCCAGCUGAGCUCUCUCUCUCUCUGCUGAAUUGAAUUAAAUCUUUUCUUUUGCAUGUCAGUCUGAUCCCAAAGCUCUCUAUCCAUAUUCUUUACUGGGUAUAUGCUUAGAAUACGGUGUAAUUAGACAGUUAAUCUUGAGAUUAAUAUAAUCAAAGAUUAUUCAAUUUGCCAGUUAGGAAGGAGUGAGGGAAGGGGGAGCUCCUUUUGAUGGAGAACCCUUUUGUUGAUCUUCUACAAGAUUGGUGGUGGUCGGUGGGUGAGACCCUUUGGAACAAACAUGUGAGGCUCUAUACUAAACACUACUUACUGACCCUUCCACUCUGAAACAAAAACUCAGCCCAUAUGAAAAUAUUCCUUCUCUUUCUCCUAUCUAGCAUGAGUUAGAGGUUAAUGAAAUGUUAGUUCUAAGCUUGGGAUUGAGCUGAAAUGGGUUAUCUCAUCAGUUAGCUGCAUGCUCCAUGUCGUUGCUGUUCGUCGAAGUUAGCACUUAGCAAUGGUCUCUGCAAGGAUGGCUAGGGGGUGAAGUUGCUCAUGACGAUGUUGUCGUCGAAUCGUGCCCGUGCUUGAUUUCAUCCGCUCAUGAUAGUUAGAUGUGUAAUUGUUUCGAUUGCUAUUGCCUUGCGAGGAUAGCCAGGGGUGUAGUUGUGAUGGUGUUGUUGAAUUGUGCUCCUAAGUGAUCUUCUGGUCGUGCGUGAGCGUUAAAGGAGCGUCGAGAUCAUGGUUCAUGGAAGGACAGGAUUCAAAUCACAUCAUCACGCUACAAAUGCACACCAAUCAGCCUCCUAGCAUAUUUUUCGACCAAUGCCAACGAUGUUUGGCAUGUUAGAUGAGUUGAUUAGGUCGGAAGGGUUCAAAUUCAAAGGUCUAUAACGUUCAAGUCUCGUGCUUCCACGCCCCAUUCAAUGCCCUAAUCGAACCCACAUACUAUUUGAUAGCAUGAGUGGCCACAACAAGGCACAAGCCCACCACCAAAUCUAGCCCCAAUUAUUUGGUUUAUUUACUAUAGGAGAAAUCUACUAGCCAAGUUGGAUUGAGCAUAUUUAUGGCAAGGCUAUUAUACCUACAAGCAAGUACUAGCAGUCACAGCUAAAAUACUAUUUGGUAGCAUCAGAUUCUUUAAUGGUGGCUGGAGUCUUGGGACAUGAAGGGGGAAUCCAUCCAGCUUACUUACCAAAUCCAUUGGUUGGUGCAUUGGUGGUGUUUCUGGUUGUGAUUUUAGGGCAUUGUCAAAACACUUAUUGGAGCAUUAAAGGAGGGAUUUGGGGAUAGAGGGAAAAGGCGAGCUAGAAGGUUACCCAUAGUGUUUAGUUAAUAGUAUUUAUCAUUAUUACCAACUGCAGGGAAAAAUGAAAGGAAAAGCAAAAGACCUCUCUAGUCUUUAACUUGCUGGAGGGUAGAUGGUUCUGUCCUACAAGAUUUCCCUCUUGAGAAAAUAGCAUUUGAAAGGGAUAGAGAGGUAUCAUUUUAACUCCCCAAGUGCUAUAUUUACCCGUUGGUAGGAUUCAGUUCACUGAACUUGGAGCCUAUGCUCUGGCAAUCUCUGGUUCCGAAGUGAUAAAUGGGAGGGGGAAAAAGUGAUGAGUAGUAAGUCAAUUGGGUUCCUUUUGACAAUCUCAAGUAGCUCUAGAUAGACAAUGUGAAAUGAAGUUGGAAAUCCUACGACACACUUCGACCGUGAUGAUUGAAAUCUGCAACUAAAAGAAUUUGCCCUUUGUAACGAACAAAAGGUCCGAAACGGUUUGCACGGUCAGAAAUGGUGUAAAGCAUGCAAUUCGAUGCUUGAAUCCUGAUAAAGCAACCCUCCUUAAACGUUAAGUCGUGUUCUAUUUUUCAUCAAACUUAUAAUUCUAUAUAAAAACGAUGGGCGCCUAAUCCUAAAACUGAAAAGGGGCAUCACCGGUCACAACUCACAACACAAGACACCAAACACCAAAAGAAACAAAAAAGCCAAAAGAAGCACCGAUCCCUGAUUCCUGAGUCUCGAGUCCUGACCUUUGUGUAGGAUAGUAUAGGGUUAGGGCGGUGGUGAAGCCCUACAAAUCUAGGGCAUCCCUUCCCCUAAUAGCCCCUUCAGCCCAUUAGGCUGUUAGUCUAGGUAGCCGUUGGAUUGGAUGUAUCACUUUCCAUUUUAUAUCAUCACUCUUCAGUCGUUCUUUAUUAUUAUUAUUUUUUUUUUUUGACAAUUCAGUCGUUCUUUAUUCAAUGUGUUGUUCUUCAAUUCAUUAUUUAAUGGCGGGCUGUUUGUCUUGGCCGCUGCUUCCCCUGCUACCUGCUGCUACUACUAUUGCUGGGUUUUUUCAAAAAAAAAAUUUUAAUUGUUAUUUAUCCCACAUUCAAAUCUCCUCUUUAUUUCUUUCCCUGAGAAGGGGCCUCUAUUGAAUGAUAUGGUGUUUUGACCAGUUUCUCUCUACUUGGACCACUCCCUUCCUCACUUUGUCCUCUUGUGGGGGAUUAGGGCUUUGUGAGUUUGUGACAGCGUAAAAAUACAAGCCCCCCUGCCCCCUUCUGCCAUUCGUCCUAGUCGUACGAUCGAGAACGAGUUCAUCUCAGUAAUUAUCUGUUUUAAUUUGUUCGAGCUAUAUAUUUAAAUAUAGAAAAAAACACGUCUUGUUCGAUAAAAAUUGAGCUUUUAGUAAAAGCGGACAAUAGUUUAGUUUACACUAUUUUGAUGGAUUGCCUCAAAUUAGAUGGUAGUUAAUUAGAUUGUUAGAUCCGUAGGAUGAAUUCAACGGAUGGGGAAAUUAGUAGAAGGGAGAGAGGGGAGCCAGCAAAAGACUGAGGAAUUGGUUAAGGUGGCCAACCACAGCGGAAAAAAUCCAAAAGUACCACUGUUUAAAAAAAAAAUUUCAAAAAUACCACCCAACCCCAAAAAAUUCCAAAAAUACCACCCUUUUCAAAAACCGCCACCCCGCCCUGCGGUUUACACGAAAACCGUUUGUCGGAGGCGCGAUUUUCUAUGCAAACCGCGGGCCUAGGGGGCGGUUAUAAAAAAAAAAAAAUUUUGACCAAACCGCUGGGUGGGGUGGCGGUUUUGGGUCAAACCGCCACCCCACCCAGCGGUUUGGUCCAAAUUUUUUUUUUUCUCGAUCAACUCCUAACUUCGGCCGAAACUUCAAACGAACGUAACUUUUCACUCGGGUAUCCGAUCGUAGCGAUUUUUUUUACAUUUCGCAUAACUUUUCAAGAUCUACAACUUUUACUAGGAUGAAAUUUUCAAAACUGGAACUAUUUGUGGAUAUACGGGACCUUUGGAAUAACUUUACCUUUACUUUUCACAAAUUCAUGUAUAUUUUGAAAUUAUGAUUAUAUUAAAAGUUGUAGAUCUUGAAAAGUUAUGUGGAAUAAAAAAAAAUUCAUGAAAUUCGGAUUUUGGAGCACAAAGUUAUGGCCGCCCAAAGUUCAACGAAAUCAAAAAAAGGCUCGUUCGGGGUGGCAAACGACGUUUUUUCGAGACGAAGGCGGGACCCGACGGUUUGCGGCUUGCAAGAUCUCAAAAAUUUAUUCGGAUUCAAAAAAUGGAGGCCGCAAACUUUUUGAGAUCUUGCAAGCCGCAUACUGCCGGGUCUCGCAUUUCGUCAAACUUUGGGGCCUCCAUUUUUUGAAUCCGAAUAACUUUGCGGCCUCCAUUUCGUCAAACUUUGGGGCCUCCAUUUUUUGAAUCCGAAUAACUUUUUGAGAUCUUGCAAGCCACAAAUCGCCGGGUCCCGCCUUCGUCUCGAAAAAACGUCAUUUGCCACCCCGAACAAGCCUUUUUUUGAUUUCGUCAAACUUUAGGCGGCCAUAACUUUGUGCUCCAAAAUCCGAAUUUCAUGAAUUUUUUUUAUUAUUCCACAUAACUUUUCAAGAUCUACAACUUUUAAUAUAAUCAUAAUUUCAAAAUAUACAUGGAUUUGUGAAAAGUAAAGGUAAAGUUAUUCCCAAGGUCCCGUAUAUCCACAAAUAGUUCCUGUUUUGAAAAUUUCAUCCUAGUAAAAGUUGUAGAUCUUGAAAAGUUAUGCGAAAUGAAAAAAAAAUCGCUACGAUCGGAUACCCGAGUGAAAAUUUACGUUCGUUUGAAGUUUCGGCCAAAGUUAGGAGUUGAUCGGAAAAAAAAAAAAAUUGGACCAAACCGCUGGGUGGGAUGGCGGUUUUGGGUCAAACCGCCACCCCAUCCAGCGGUUUGGUCAAAUUUUUUUUUUUUUAUAACCGCUCCCUAGGCCCGCGGUUUGCAUAGAAAACCGCGCCUCCGACAAACGGUUUUCGUGUAAACCGCAGGGUGGGGUGGCGGUUUUUGAAAAAGGGUGGUAUUUUUGGAAAUUUUUGGGGUUGGGUGGUAUUUUUGGAAUUUUUUUUUUAAACAGUUGUAUUUUUGGAUUUUUUCCAACUUCAGCCCACAGGCAUAUUAUAGCAAUGAAUGAAUGAAGGAAGGAACGUUGGUCUUUCUCAGUAGCUGGUCGGUUCUCUUCUUCUCUGAGCAGAUUCUCCUCCCAAUCUUAUUUUAGUUACACCUUUUUCCCCUCACUCCUUUCUUUUCUUCUUCAUUAUCAUCAUCAUGCCUCCCAAAUCCCAAUUACAUAAUCGCUCAAGGAAUUGAUAAGUUCAAAGGAAGUUCCAAAUAGUUGCCAUUGUUGCAGCCUUUGCUUUCCUCUUUUCCCCCUCAUUUCGAGCUUUGCUUUUCUCUAGCUGUUGCUGUUGGUUAACUAACAACAUGAGUCACCCCACAAUAUGUUCUUAGCCUGGCCCUCCCUUUCUAUAUAACUGUAGAGUAUAAGUGGGUUUUUUUUUUUUAAUAAUGGUGAUCGAUGAACUUUAUUAAAUGAAAGGAGAGAAUGUCAAGAGCAGCACUCCCCGAGCAGUGAGAGUGUGCAACCGAUUUUAAACUAUAGAAGCAAAACAUAACAAAAAAACACCUGGGCAGAGGAGGAAACUCGACGGCAAAUAAGCAGAGCCACAAGACAAACACACCGAGUUCAACCGAUAUCAAUAGACGAUUUUAGUGGUUUUAAACGGUUGCACCAUAGUUUCAGCAAAAAAAAAAAAAAAAUUUGUUACUAACAUUUUUUUGGUACAAGUUCAUGUAAGGUUUUACAAUUCUGGUCCCAAACAUAUCUCCAUUUUAUUUUUUCAACCCCAUUUAAACUUACCAAAGUUUUAGGAAAUUCAAAAGUUUAAUUUCUUAGAAAAUGCUCAGUUCCGUAUGAAUCCGCUCAAUCCGAAUUGACCUGACCGAAAUACUCAUCUCACUAGCGAAUGGAGUGUGUGAACUGAGUUGACAAAUAUGAAUUUCAGUUGGCCUAUUAGCUCAGUUGGUUAGAGCGUCGUGCUAAUAACGCGAAGGUCGCAGGUUCGAGACCUGCAUGGGCCAAUCAUUUUAUUUAAAUUUGGGUAAAUACUAAUUAUUAGCCAAACUUUUCCCACAUUUUAAAAUAUUAACCAAAAUUUUACAAAUACAAAGCGUAGCCAAAUCUUUUGUAAGUAUUUUCUUAGUUAAAAUACUAAAUUUUUUGGAAUAUUGACUUCCAUGUGUCUCUUCAAAGUUAGUAUCGUGUUGCCAAAUCAAAAGAGAGUUGCAUGGGCCAAUCAUUUUAUUUAGUUUUUGGGUAAAUACUAAUUAUUAGUCAAACUUUUCCCACAUUUUAAAAUAUUAACCAAAAUUUUCCAAAUACAAAGCGUUAGCCAAAUCUUUUGUAAGUAUUUUCUUAGUUAAAAUACUAAAUUUUUUUGGAAUGU